AUGGUUUUUGCUGCUAUUGGCACCUCAGCCAACGGCGAUGCUUACGACUCAGCCAGCGUAAGAGUUGCGUCUAAACGGCUCCGACAGCGGCCGGAUCACCUGGGGCACUGUGUGGAAGUUCAGGGCUGGCUUACUCAGCUGGGUACGGGGCAGCCUGUUGCGAUGGAAGUGACGACCUUCAGCUUCGAUGUGUCCGAGGGCUGGAAGAACAUCCAAGCAGGCCGCGUGGCGGACGUCCUUUGCCAAAUGAUGUCACCGAGCGGUUUUGGUCACAUCAUCGUGCGAGACGGGAGCAACACAGCCACGGUUGAGGUCAGUUAUACGCGUGUGGAUCGAGUCCUUCGCGCCAGUGGAUGCACCUGGACGAGGAGCAUCGCCCCGCCGAGCUCUUGUACUUGCCUGUGGGCGCGUAACUUGGAGACACUGCCUAUGGUCCUUUACCUUUCGGAUGCGCGUGUUGUGGUUGCUGCUGACUCGUGCAACAAGAUUGCCCUCAAGCACCGCGCCGGCUCUAUCGCAUUUAUGCACGUCGAAGCUAUGGAUUCUCGUGCCAAGGCUGCUUUCGAGGCGGCCGUCGUCGUGGUCUUCGUAUCAUGGCUGGAGGCCUCGCGACGCGAGCGCGCGUUGCCCGUCACGCCCGACGUACAGAUGCGACGCCUAAUCGGUUUUGAUGUCGCAGAGAUGUCGCAGAUCGAGCUCGAUGCCCGACGCUUGCUUGAUGAGGCUCGUCGUGGGUGUGACGGCCAUGACCCCGCAGAAGAGCGCCUCAUCUACUCGGUGUCUACUGGCGUAUCAGGCCCUCAUGGGGAUGCCAUCACCCCUCGCGCCAAGGCCGCCAAGGCCCAGCCCAUUGUGCUGGGGGGCACUUGCAAAACUUCGAGCCGCAUGGAUCGCAUGACGUGGUCACUUCGCCCACAGGGACCUGUGCAGUUCAAGGAUGACUUGGGCCAUGGAGCUCUCGUUGCAUUUUUCUAUGAGGUCGCUUUUUUGCCACUUCGUAAGACGUUGGAUGAUGAGCUGAUUUUGCUUGACGUCAGUGUGGGUGCGCAGAGGCUGAAGGAGUACAACCUUUGGGUGUGUCCGCACUGCGAACAAGGGGUUAAGGUCGCCGAUGUCACCGAUCUCAGCUGUGAGGUGUCCUCCUCACCUGCCCCCUCGGGCCAUGAGUGGUCUUGGGUCAAGAAGGCAAUGCGCAACUUCUUGCGGAGCCUCAACCAGCCUCCGGAGAAGCGCACUCAUCAGCACGAGGUCGAUGAGCUGAUCAAGCUUGCCUCGGCACCCCUGCAGGGCGAGUGCUACCUGGGCAUUGUCGCACUCGGGUUCUUCGUCUUCCAUUUCAUGGAUCCGGCGGAGAGGCAGGGCUUGAUCAGAACGUCGGUGUUUGGCGGUGUGACUUUCCAGAAGGCCGUGCCGCUGUCGUACUGGGACGUGUAUGCAUCUGGUUGGCCGAUCUUCGGCCUCAUGGCGACCGCCACGGAAGCGGUGCAGAAUGAUAUCCAAACCUCCAGCGCGCCCGCCACUCAGCCCGACGUGGGCAUGACAGGCAUUGACCUUGGCAAGCGCGAGUGCUGCGACUUCCCGAGCGGCUCCGCCACCGCGGAAGACCGGCGCUUCUUGGUGGCCCUGAGCCAGAGUCUUCAAGGCACUGCAUGGCUGGCGAGCGAGCCCACGUCUCCGGCGCUGCCGCUGCGCACCUCUUUGGAGUACUUGUCACAGACGGCAUACCGCCGCUGCUCCUGGGGUCGUGCCACGGCCUACUUUGCGGCCGCGGAGAGUUUGCUGGUCACGAGCUCCCUGUCUCAGUCUGUCUGGAACUCCACGAAGGCCCUCGUGGCCUUGGGUGAGCACAACCUGGAUGGCUGCGAGCCAAACAUGACGGUCUACCACCAGAUGCAGUCGGUUUGGCCCUUUUGGCAGAUCCUGGGCCGUUUGGAGGCCCGGAGCUUGCCGCUGGAGGCGCCUGGUAGUGUGGGGCCCUCCACGUCCAGCCUGCCACCUCCCGCCCUGCCUGAGGCCGUCCGCCUCAAGUGGCAGAGGCUCCUGGAGUCACGCGGGCUACAGGUGGAGGAGGAGCCCUCGCCAAACCCACCGGUGUCGGUGGCCUGCCUCGGCGACACACCCGGCUUUGCCCAUGUGGCGCUUUCUGCUGAUCUGGCGCAGAUCGAUGGCCUCAUCGUGACGUUGCAGAGCGCCAUCUCGUCGGCGGCCAACGCCUCGCGCCUGUGCUUCCAUGCCUUCGUCCUUCCGCACCAGCGAGAUGUCGUCAUCGAGGGCCUGCGCUGCGCUUUCGCGGAUGCCUUCCGGGCGGAGGAUGCCAGCUUGUCCGGGCCAGUCUUGGGCGCCUUCCGGCUGCACGGCCAGGCGCAGCUCCUUGUCCACGGUCUGGAUCCUGACCACAUUUGGGCAGAGGUCGGUAUGAAUGCCACAGGCACUUUGAACCACCCGGCGACUGCCGUCAUGAUGGGUGAGACAGACCUGAGCAAUUCCCUUCGCUCUGACACUGGAAAUCUGGGAGCUGUGCACAACUUCGCACGCUUCUCGCUUCACACCUUGCUCCCCGCGCUGUCGAGGGUGGUGUACAUGGAUGUGGACGUUGUGGUCAGAGGGGAUCUCGCCGAGCUCUACAAUGUCCCCAUGCGCACCGUGAACGGAGCCCCGGGCACGGUGGCAGCCGUCCAGCGAAGCAACCAGCCUUUGCGGACCUACGUCGACGUGCUGCAGCCGGCAGUGCCCAGUUGGCUGCCCAGCGAAGCGCCUUCUUUCAAUGCCGGCGUCAUGGUCAUUGACCUCGUACGCUGGAGGCAGCGCCAGGCGUCGCGCCUGAUCGCAGAGUGGAUCCAGAUGAACUCGCGCCGGCGCCUCUGGCUGCAUGGAUCUCAGCCGCCCCUCCUGCUGCUGUUUCAUGACGAGGUCGUGUCCCUACAUUGGUCAUGGAACGUCGACGGGCUCGGGCACCGCCUGAACUACCCCAAGCACGUGCUCGCAGAAGCAAAGGUGCUUCACUGGACAGGGCCCUUGAAGCCUUGGCGCCAUCACGGCGUCAACCGCAAGCUCUGGGAGCCCCACACGCGUGAGUAUUGCCCGAAAUAUUCCUUCCGGGAGCAUACGACGACCUGCCGACCUGAUAGCUGGUUCUGCUGA